CUCCGCUCCUACUGUAUACAACUAAUUCCAAAGCACUUCUAUUUAGUGUUUAAUACACCUACUCGGCAGGCCCUCAGUUCCAAAUUGUCUUUUGGUACACUAAAGUCAUGGAGUGCACUACAGUACCCGAUAAACCUGAAAAUAGUCUGGAUGAAGUAUGUCAAAAACUGGAGGAAGUUGCAACAAUAAAUGGAGAUACGCCGGCUACAGCAGGUACAAAAAAGAAAAGAAAACACAAAAAGAAGUCUAGUAAAUGUGCAGGUAUGUACAACAUAUAUCUAACUAUGUCUGUGUUGAUGGUGGUAAUGAUGAGAAUGGAGUGGAGGAAAAUGAAACCGGUGAUGUCUCGGCCGACGUUGGAGAAAAUGCGGUUUCUACUGGCAAAAAAUCUAAGAAAAAGUCAAAAUCCAAAAAUCCAGCCUCUACUGAAUCUCAUACAGAUGCUGUUCAGACGGAUCCACCCUCCAUUCCUAUCUGUCAGUUAUAUCCCAAGGGAGAUUUUCCAGUUGGUGAAAUUAUUGACUAUGCACCAAAUGUUGACGGUCGAACAGCCCUUAAUCGUACAACGUCAGAGGAAUGCAAAGCCCGUGACAACGCGCAUAUAGAAAUUUACCAGAAUUUCCGUGAAGGUGCAGAGGUUCACCGACAAACGAGAAAUCACAUUAAAAAAUGGAUACGUCCUGGAGUUCGUCUCAUUGAUAUGUGUGAAGAACUAGAGCGAACUAGUCGUGCAUUGAUUUUAGAACGUGGACUUACUGCAGGUUUAGCCUUUCCAACCGGUUGUUCAAUUAAUCAUUGUGCUGCUCAUUACACUCCAAAUGGUGGUGAUAAUACAGUUCUAAAUUAUGAUGAUGUUUGCAAAAUUGAUUUUGGUGUGCAUGUCAAUGGUCGUAUAAUUGACUGCGCCUUCACACUUCAUUUCAAUCCCAAAUUUGAUAAAUUGGUUGAAGCUGUUAAAGAUGCAACUAAUACUGGCAUCAAAGAGGCUGGCAUUGAUGUUCGUUUAUGUGAUAUCGGAGCAGCUAUUCAAGAAACUAUGGAAUCUUAUGAGGUUGAACUUGAUGGAAACACUUAUCAAGUGAAGCCUAUACGUAAUUUGAAUGGUCAUUCGUUGGGACCUUAUCAGAUUCAUGCUGGGAAGACUGUACCAAUUGUACGUGGAGGAGAACAAACUCGAAUGGAGGAAAACGAAUAUUACGCUAUAGAAACGUUUGGUAGUACAGGCAAAGGUUACGUUAUUGAUGGGGAUGAAGUUUCACACUAUAUGAAGAAUUUCGAUGCUGGCCAUAUUCCCUUAAGGUUAGCCAGGUCUAAACAACUGUUAAAUGUGAUCGACCGUAAUUUCAGUACCCUUGCUUUUUGCCGCCGAUGGUUGGAUCGUCUUGGUGAAACGAAAUAUCUAAUGGCUUUGAAGAACUUAUGUGAUGUGGGAAUAGUAGAUCCUUAUCCUCCUUUGUGUGACCAACGUGGAUCAUAUACUGCCCAAUGGGAGCAUACAAUUUUACUAAGACCUACAUGUAAAGAAGUAGUCUCACGUGGACCUGAUUACUAAGUGAUUUGAAUUGUCCGAUUGUCAAUUCUUGCUUUUUGAUAAACAACAGAUUGUUUUGAUGGAUUGCUAUUUCAUUGUUCUAAAGCUUAAGUCUGUUUGAAUAUUUUGUUGAGUCGGUUUGGUGUUUUUUUGUAUCUCAAACAAUCCUGUGUACGUUAACUUCUACUCAGUAUUGUUUACAGACCAAACUAAUUUCGAGACUGUCAGUCUGUUCACUGAUCUUUAUAAUAUCAAUGAAAUUGUAAAAUUCUGCAUGAUCUGCAUCUUCAUGACAGAAAUAAUAAACUCUGUAAAUUAAAUUAUUCAUGUGAUGAGAAGUACAGUGCAUUCAAUUUCUGUACGAUCAACAUUUUAAGGUUUUUUUCAAAUGUGUAAUUGUAUUUCUCAACAAAAUAGUUUUACGAAUCAAACGGAAUGUAAUGACACAGGGUUUAAUUUCUUUUACUGUUCUCUUCCAAGAAACUCGACUAAUUCAGUAGUUAUAUCUAAAGUUCAUUCGGUGUAUUAGUCGUGAGAAUCGUCUUCUUUCCAUCUCUUCGCAUUUUGAAUGCAACACAGGGCCCUGAGAUUUCAGUAGCGGUAGUUUUGUUCGAUUUUACGGCGUGAAUUCUCUAGGCUGAGAUUAGGAGUGCAUCGUUUGGGAAUCUAUCCUGGAAAAUCUGCGUGGUUGGCCAUCAUUCUAC